GGGGUGCAAUUUCCGAUGCGUCCACUAGGGACAUUGUCGUUCCCACCGGAAGUUCAGCCUCGUUCCGCGGCCAGAUUGUUUCCAGCCCGCCCUCGUGCUGCGUUGCCUGUCGGGAGCGGAAGUGGGCGUGGCGUCCUCCCUUUCCGGCCUGAGCGUUCCCGCGUGCAGUGUGCUCCAGAGGCAGCGCGUGGCGGAGGCAAGAUGGCGGACGAUGGCGCAGGAUCUGCCUCUAAGAAGCACAAGAAGAAAAAAGAAAAGAAAUCUUUGCCAGACGAAGAAGUUGCUGAUAUCCAACAUUCAGAAGAAUUCCUUAUCAAGCCUCAAUCUAGAGUGGCUCAGUUGGACACAUCACAAUGGCCUUUGCUUCUCAAGAAUUUUGACAAGCUGAAUGUGAGGACUGCUCAUUAUACUCCUCUUCCCUCUGGUUGUAAUCCCUUAAAAAGGGAGAUUACUGAGUAUAUAAAGACAGGCUUCAUCAACCUGGAUAAACCGUCCAAUCCAUCUUCCCAUGAGGUCGUGGCCUGGAUCCGUCGUAUCCUCCGCGUGGAGAAGACCGGUCACAGUGGCACAUUGGACCCCAAAGUGACUGGUUGCCUGAUUGUAUGCAUUGAGAGAGCAACCCGUUUGGUCAAGUCCCAGCAGAGUGCAGGAAAAGAGUAUGUGGGGAUCGUUCGGCUGCACAAUGCAAUUGAAAGCGAGACUCAGCUUUCAAGGGCAAUAGAAACUCUGACAGGUGCUCUCUUCCAACGUCCUCCGCUUAUUGCUGCAGUAAAGAGGCAGCUGAGAGUCAGAACCAUCUAUGAAAGCAAAUUGGUUGAAUAUGAUCCAGAAAGAAGAUUGGGUAUCUUUUGGGUGAGUUGUGAAGCGGGGACCUAUAUCCGGACGCUGUGUGUGCACCUGGGCUUGCUGCUCGGGGUCGGAGGCCAGAUGCAGGAGCUCCGGCGAGUGCGCUCUGGGGUCAUGGGAGAAAAGGACCACAUGGUGACCAUGCAUGACGUGCUGGAUGCUCAGUGGCAGUAUGACCACAACAAGGAUGAAACGUACCUCAGGAGAGUUAUCUACCCUUUGGAGAAGCUUCUGAUAUCUCACAAGCGGCUGGUGAUGAAGGACAGUGCGGUGAAUGCUAUUUGUUAUGGGGCGAAGAUCAUGCUACCUGGACUACUGCGAUAUGAAGAUGGUAUUGAAAUCAAUCAGGACAUCGUUGUGAUCACUACGAAAGGAGAGGCCAUCUGUACAGCCAUUGCCUUGAUGACGACUGCCGUGAUCUCGACCUGUGACCAUGGAAUUGUGGCAAAGAUUAAGCGGGUGAUCAUGGAAAGGGACACUUACCCUCGCAAGUGGGGACUUGGCCCCAAAGCAUCUCAGAAAAAAAUGAUGAUCAAAGAAGGCUUGCUGGAUGCGCACGGCAAGCCCAAUAGCAACACUCCCCAGUCCUGGAAGAAGGAGUAUGUAGAUUACAGUAGCUCUGCAGGAAAGAAAGAGAUAACACAAGAAGUUGGCAAAGUGGAGCCAGAGCGAGCACCAAAGAGAAAGAGGGUGAUGGAGAGUGAUGGGGAACAGGGAGAGGCGGCCUCAACCCCUCCUGAUUCUCCAGAACCACCGGUGGAGGCCAAGAAAAAGAAGAAGAAAAAGAAAGAAAAGAAGAUGGAGUCUCCUGAUGGCAGUGAGGAUCAAACUGAUGUGAUCAGUGACGCAAGUGUGAAAAAGAAGAAGAAGAAAAAGAAGAUGAAAGAAGUGGCGGAGAGUUCAGAUUAACUCAGAAGACUUCUCUGGAUCUGUUGAAUAAGAAGAAAUGCAGCAGCCCGAACAGACUGGAUCAGUGAGCAGAGAAUUGUUCUAAUUGCUGUGCAAAAAAAGUAUUGUAUUGGUUGGGAGGGGGUUUAUUGUUGCAAGUCCUCCUGUGUCCUGUUCUAAGGAUAGUUGGAGGAGGUUGAGGUCGUAAAACUCCUUGGCCCUCAAGAACUUCUCUUUGAGUUAGUGCUGGGAGUUUUGCAGGAUUUCUGAGAAUACUUUAAUGUUGCCCUCAAUCAUGGCAUACCUUAAUAAGUCCCCCAUCUCUCUUGCCAUUAAGAAUAGGUGUAAAGUAAGGGGUUGCAAAUGGCUUUGUGGACAGGUAAUUAAUUUUGUUAUCUUUGGUUUGUAAGUUCAAAGACAAGUCUCUCUUGAUGCCACCUUCCUCUGGUGUCUCUUUUAAAAAAAAACAAAUGGUUUUCAAAAGGUUGUUUACAUUUUGAGAGUUCCGAAGGUCUCAUUUCCUUAACCUGCUCCCCCCAAGCCACACUUUUCUUGGUCUAAGAGAGAUACUUUGCUUAAAGGGGAGACGUAUAUAAGCAAAAUUUGCCCAAUGACCCCUUGUUUGUUCCUGUUGGGGGGAAAUCACCUUUUCCUCUUGUCUUGAGGCAAACGUUUUGAAAAAGUUCGAUCUCUGUAUGCUUAUGGCUGCAUAGUCAAUGCUGGGAGCCGUGUGCAUAUUGUGUUCACAGUUUGGGGUUGUGUCAGCCAGGCCUUUCCCCCCCUCAGUUUGUAGAACAAUGUACCAAAAUUGGUUUUGAAAGAGGACACAAUUCUUAAUUUUUUACAUUAAAAGAUUGCAAAAUCUAA